AUGAAGCUGGAAGUCUUCGCGCCGCGUUACGAGGGCAAGCUCGGCGCCGGCAGCAGCGACCAGGAAGGCGGCGCGGCGUCUCCGCUGGCCGCCGAGAGCGAGCUGGGCUCGGACGGCGACUGCGCGGCUCUCAGCCCGGCCAGCGGGCGCGAGGACUCCCCGCGGCAGGGCUCGGCGCCGCGGCCGGAAGCGCCGCUGUCCCCUGUCGGCAAGGCGGCGGCGGCCCCCGGCGGCAAGCCGUACACGCGUCGCCCGAAGCCGCCCUACUCGUACAUCGCGCUGAUCGCCAUGGCGAUCCGGGACUCGGCCGGGGGGCGCCUGACUCUGGCCGAGAUCAACGAGUACCUGAUGGGCCGCUUCCCCUUCUUCCGCGGCGCCUACACAGGCUGGCGCAACUCCGUGCGCCACAACCUGUCGCUCAACGACUGCUUCGUCAAGGUGCUGCGCGAUCCAGCGCGGCCGUGGGGCAAGGACAACUACUGGAUGCUCAACCCCAGCUCCGAGUACACUUUCGCCGACGGCGUCUUCCGCAGGCGCAGGAAGCGCCUCAGCCGCCCCGGGCCCGCUGCCGGGGCCAGCCAGGCGCAGCCGCCGCCGCCGCCGCUUGCGCCGGCCUCUCCGUGCGCCGGUGCCAAGUUCUUCAGCUCCUUCGCCAUCGAGAGCAUCUUGAGCCGACCUUUCCAGCCCGCCGAGCAGCAGCAGCGCCCCCCGGCCCCCCUGGGAGAGAGGGCGGUGCUGUGGCCAGUCCCGUCCUCGGGCUACUCUCGGCUUCUCGCCCAGCCCGCCGUUUCCUACGGGCUUGCUGCUCCUCUCGCGCCGCCGGCGGCUUCUUCCCUUCAUCACUUCGGCCUUCUCGACGCCGUCUUCCUCGAGGCAGCCGGGGGGAAGGCCCUGGCGCCCUGCGAGACGCAGCCGCUCUUCCCCCAGCGGACCUCGGCCUUGCCCCCAUCCGCCUCUCCCUCGCCUGCGCUCGGCGUCUCUCCGCUGUACUGCCCCCUCCGGCUGCCCGGGUCGUUGCAGCCGUUUGCCUCCUAUAGGCCUUAUCCAGCAGAGACCCUACCCGUGUAG